AUGAGCUCACCUAGAAAUGACAGUGAAGAGCCAUCCGUCGCCGCAGCAGAGUCGGAAAGUGCUUCUACUGGAAGUAAUGACGCCGGCGCGUCAGGUCACCAUCAAGCCGCGAAGCGAAGACUCUCUAGCACAGCAGUGAUAGAAAUAUCAGAUACUGACAGUGAUGAUUCCGAUGUGUGUGCUGUAAACUCCUACCAAGCGUCUGCCGAUGAAGUCAAAAGGAUUCGUAAAGAUUACACCUCUUCAUCGUCAUCAUCAUCAUCAGACUAUAGCUCAGAUUCAGAGUCACCCUGGGAGGAUGACUCUAUUGUAGUAGAUGAUAAGUUUGAGACCAAAGCUAAAAGAGCAGAGCUCAAUCCACGUGCAAAUAGGAUGGAUGACCCCCCGGCUCAAUCCAGCAAUAAAGAUGAAGUAAUAGAUAGAUUAACAAGUCACUGGAAAGAAGACAAGGAUCAUUUGAGCAAAGAAGUAACCUUGACGUGCCAACCGUUCAAGGUGUGUCGAGUGCACAACUUACUUGCUAAUCCUGAGAUCAUCAAUAAUAUAGUAGACGACAUGAACACUUUAGACUGGACACGAAAAAAAAUGGAUCUUUAUGAGUUUCACCAGACAACAGAUCUCGCCAACUUAACAUGGCAAAGAAGUAUAAGAGGCAUCUAUGAACUCUUAAAGACUGAAUUAAAAAAUUGGGUAUCACAAGUCACGGGCUUAGAAUUGCAGAGUGUGUCAGCAUCGUGUUCACUGUACGGCCCCGGAGAUCACUUGCUCAUUCACGACGAUCAGAUGACUGACCGGCGGGUGGCAUUUAUUUUCUACCUAGCACCGUGGCACCCCCCGGACCUUCGACAUCAUAUUCAUAAUGGCGACGGUGAUGCUACCGAUCAGAAAAGCGCGCCGUGGGGCGGCUGGUCGGAGAGCAUGGGCGGCGCGCUAGAGCUAUUCGCGCGGGACGCCAGCGGAGCGCCCGCCGACGUGGAGCGCCGGCUCUACCCGGCUAACAACACGCUCGCAUUCUUUCAAGUCGGCAGCGACUCCUUCCACCAGGUGGGCGAGGUCCUGUCCAUGGAGUUGCCGCGGCUGUCGAUCAACGGCUGGUUUCACGGCCCCGCGUCCGAGGCGAGCGCUCCUUCUCCAGAAGACUUGGUCCUGCACAAACCGCACUCGCAAGUGGUGGUGGUGCAGCAGUGGCUGCAGAGCACGUACAUGUCGACGCGAGUGCGGGCUCAGGUGCAGGCGCAGAUGGAGACGGCCAGCGAGGUCAGCCUCCGAGACCUGCUGCGGCCCGACCGCCUCGCCGCUCUCAUGGCGGCCCUCGAAGCGCCCGACGUAGAGUGGGAGCGGAGCCCGGGGCGCCAUCGGCGCCGCUACAUGCGCGUGUCCGCCGCGUGGGCGGAGGCCGCGGCGAAGGCGGAGGCGGGGAGCGAGCCGCAUCCGGUGGCGGGGCUCCUGCGGCUGGCCGGCAGUUCGGCCUUCGUGCGCGUGCUGGCCGACUGCACCGACCUCGCGCUCGCCUCGUACUCCGGCCUGGAGCUGCAGCGCUGGACGCCCGGAGACUACACGCUGCUGGCGGGCCGCGAACAGUACGAGAGGGCGCGGCUCGAGGCCACGCUGUACCUGGGCGCGCCGGCGGGGGCUCUGAGCGGCGGCCAGCGCGUGUACGUGGCGCCCGAAGAGGCCGCGCGGGGCGAGGCGCUGCUGACCGUGCCGCCCGUCCACAACGCCCUGGCGCUGGUCUACUGCGACGCCGGAGCCGCCGCCUUCACCAAGUACCUCGGCCGCCUCGCCGCGCCGCCCCAUCGGAGGCACUACGUGCUCGCCUGCAGCUACUACGAGUGA